AUGCCUUCGGAAGCUGGUCACAGACUAUACGUCAAGGGUCGCCACUUGAGCUACCAGCGCAACAAGCACACCACCCACCCGAAGACGAGUCUGAUCAAGAUUGAGGGCGUCGAUGACCCCCAGUCCGCCAACUUCUACCUCGGCAAGAAGAUCGCGUACGUCUACAAGGGACAGAAGGAGAUCCGUGGAACCAAGAUCCGAGUCAUCUGGGGCAAGGUCACCAGACCGCACGGUAACUCUGGCGUCGUUCGAGCCAAGUUCACCAGCCCCCUCCCUUCCAAGUCUUUCGGUGCUUCUGUUCGUAUCAUGCUCUACCCCUCGUCGAUAUAA